UCUGCAGUGGCUGCAGAGACACCUGAGCUCCGCGUGUUAAAAACACGCAGCGGCACGUGCACGAGCAGUCACGCAGCGGUGCGGGAACAGGAAGAGGAAGCUCCAGUCUAUCUCCUCUCCUCUCCUCCGGUGUGUCGGUGGUGUCAGCUCUCUCAGCCCGAACAUGCUCCGGUACUUCGGACAGAUUCUCCCCCGGGCAGCCGGCGGCUUCCUGCCCGCAGACAGCGCGCUGCCGGCGGCCGCCGCCCUGCUGCGCUGCCGCGGCUACAGCCAGGCCGUGGACCGGGACGACGACCCGAACUUCUUCACCAUGGUGGAGGGCUUCUUCGACCGGGGCGCCGCCAUCGUGGAGGACCAGCUGGUGGAGGACGUGCGGAGCCGGGAGAGUCCGGAGCAGAAGAGGAAGCGGGUCCGCGGGAUUCUGCGGAUCAUCAAGCCGUGUAACCACGUCCUGAGCGUCAGCUUCCCGAUCCGGAGGGACGGCGGCGAGUGGGAGGUGAUCGAGGGCUACCGGGCCCAGCACAGCCAGCACCGGACCCCCUGCAAGGGAGGUGAGAGCGCCGGUACCGGCACCGGGAUCAGGACUGUCUGGGGGAGCAACUAAGUACUUUAAGUCAAGUUUAUAGUGCAGCACAUUUCAUACAGUAACUCCGGGUCCUGUACUCAUUAAUACAUGGAAAACAGCAGAACAUUAAGAUACAUCAAAAAUAAGAGAAUAAAACAUGAAAAUACAUUUAAAAAGUACUCAAGUAUUGUGAUUAAGUACAAUGUUGAGGUACUUGUACUUCAGUUUCUUUUAAAAACUAAAACUCAGAUUCUAAAAACACAAAUGAGACUCAGAAAGAGAGAAAUGUUUUCUUACUGCUGGAGAUUCAUCUGAAAACGGAAUGAGUGGUACUAUACUAUACUCAAGUACAAUUUCCAUGUGAUGCUACUUUAUACUUCC